AUGGAAGUGGUUUCAGAGAAAGCGAACGAGCAGCUGACUCUGGAAGUUGUGAAAAAUGCCUGUUCUGGCGAAAGCUCCCAAGAAGGGGCCAAGAAAGCCGCGUUCAAGGGCAGCAAGAAGCGCAAGAGAGCGAAGAGGGAGACUAAUGGUAUCUAUAUCUACAAAGCGAUGAAGCAGGUUCACCCCAGCACAGGCAUUUCCUCCAAGGCCAUGUGCAUCAUGAGCUCUACCGUGAACAACAAUUCUGACCGCAUCGCAGGCGAAGCUUCCCGCCUAGCCCGUUACAACAAGCCGUCGACCAUCAUUUCUCGGGAGAUCCAGACUGCCGUGCGCCUGUUGCUGCCCGGGGAGCUGGCCAAGCACGCCGUGUCGGAAGGGACAAAGGCGGUGACCAAGUACACCAGCUCCAAGUGAAACUCCACAGAGUGCUGACGAAACACAACGGCUCUUUUAACAGCCACUCAAUGUCUCGCUGAAAGAAUUUCUCCAAUAUUUCAACAAUGAAACAUAACAACCAAUUCCUUGGAGAUUUUCAGUUUGGAAGCAAUUGUGAUGUCAGUUGGUGGUCCACCUGUCCGUCCUGUUCCAUGCUGGGGUCUCUCUCCCUACCCGACGUACGGACACCGAGACUUAACCUUUCCUAUAUCAGCUUGGUUUGAUCUUCAGACAUUCAUGCACAACUUUACACAAAGAGCUAAUUCUUGCGGGGUAGAUUUUUGCUGUUGUCUAUGCAGCUUAAUUGCGGUGAUAGCGGUUAAUUACCUGCCAUUAGGCGAUGUAACUGUCCUGAAUCCUAUUCAGAAUCUACUUGAGAUUCACGAUCCUUUCGCAAAACAACUUCACGUUGCAAUCCCAAACACAGUUUCCGUGCCGUUCAUAACGUGAUGCUUUUUAAAUAAUAAAAAAAUACUGUCAUGUUUUCUAUCGAUCAGCAAUUCAAUACGAGUACACCAUAUCGCAGAACUAACUUUCGGGGACUCUGCGGGUCAUGCACAGUACUACUGCAGUUGUACAAGGCCUUGGUGAGACCACACCUGGAGUAUUGUGUGC